GCGGCGAGGAUCAUGAUCGGUUCGAAUUAUGAAUAUCAUAGUGCUUCGAAUGCCGUUCGAUAGCAAAUCAGACUGCACGCUCCAAACAACGCGAAGGAUCAGAUCAUUGGCGGCAACCAACACCAACAAAGAACUCUCGCCGUGGACGAUAUCAAGCUUUCUGUUUGUUGGAGAGGACAGGCGGUUUAUGUACUGUAUCCAUCAACCAAUUAACUGUACCCCCUUAUGCCGUCCACGCUGCCCGUUUGUUAGUAGUGUCUGUUGAGAUCCACGCUGCUACCAGUCUUUUUUAUUGGAUCAUCACACUGGGUAUCUGUUGUCACAAUGAAUUUUGGUGGAGCAGCUCCAGCGUCCAUGCCUCGGAUGGCACCCAUGCCCAUGCAUCAUAUGCCAAUGACUUCCACUACUACUACUACCACCACCAUGAUGGGCGUGGCUCCACGGGGGCCAUUUGCCAGUGCUGCAGCACCAAUGAUGCAACAACGUCGACCCGAUCGAACAUUGGAGUUGGUUCAGAUUGCCUCCACGUUGGAUCCUUCGUCCAAGACGCUGAACGAGUACGAUGAACCAAGGCGAUUGUUGAAUAAAUACAUUGAACUACCCAAAGGAGAUGCCGUCUUUCUCAAACUGGUGGAAUGCUUUGUCUUUUGCUACCGUACACGGGGGCCUCAUGAACCCGCCGUUAUGCCCAAUGCCACCUUUUAUUUCAGUCGACUGCAGCGAUGCAACUCGCCAUUGGUAAACACGAUUGACAAGGUGGUGGGGUACCGUUGCUGUGGCUGUCGACACACCACGCUAUCUCCCAACGAGUAUCUAGUAGGAGCCGCCCAAUUGGUCUCGGUCCAAUUCGUCUCUCCUCAGGCGUUGUUCAAGUCCUUGUCGGAAUUACGAAAACACGUGCGCGAAUGUCCCUAUAUUGAACGAAGUGUCCGAGAUGCUGUGGCCAGUAGCUCCAACACGGUCCAAUUGGCAGACUACAUGACUGCUUGGUAUUAUUUACUGGAAUUAUUUGCGCAAAAGAAGGGAUUUCCACAAUUGCCAAUUCAAAACAACACUGGAAGAAACAAUGGCAUGUCAAACAAUCGAAAUUAUCCGGCAACAUACAACAACCGUCCUGCCGUGGGGAGACCGCUUGGGUCGUAUCAGCAACAUCGGCCGGGACAAUUAAAGCCACCACCACCGGGAAGUGUUCGGCCAAGUUCGAAACCGACGUCUCCUCAGUUACCAACCCUGGAGGAUGAAAUAUUUGCCACUCUGGAACACUGUCGAGAACGGGCAUUGAUCAACAACAACUUUGGGCUGGAAGAAUCCUUUAAAUCCAGAUUGGUAGUGACGGAUCUCUCCAAGUUUCCCAUUUCCACGACGUCAGUCCCAGUCUCGCCAUUGCUCGAAGUCCUGCUCCAAUCGGUCACGGCGGUACAGCGAUGGACCAAACGCGACAACAAUAGCCAGCCUUUGGUAUUCUUCGAAUGCGGUUGCUGCAAAAACAUGAUGGACGACGCAUUUUGUGCGUCCACGGGGGCAGCCGCGGAUGCGGCCGAUUUCCUCCUCAAUGGGCAAGGUUGGAACCAUUUGGCUGUAGAAUGCUCCAAAAUUCGAGGUUCUAUUCGACAAAAGCUUUUAAACAUGAAGGCUCGUACCACACCGGACGAAUGGCAAAAACAGGCAAGGAUCGUCCAGGACAAUUUUGACACUUGGAAGCGACUCUACUUUCCGAACCAGGGCGAGCAGGGCAACGCAAAAGGCGCCAGAGCCGUGGCACGCCGCAACAAGGCAUGGCGACCCAUCACGUGGCGAUUCCUCGUGGGCACCAAGGCAGCGGCUCUUCGAACCGACAAUCUUGGGAACCAAAAUGAUGCUGUUUGGCAGGUCAACAAGAAUGCGUUUCCACACCAGACAAAGGACGAUGAUGUUCUUGUGGGAUGGAAUGGAUCACACAAAGGGAAUCAGCGAUUCAUGAAGCUGUUGUACGAGUUUCGACCCAUCUUUUUGGAUGCUAACGCAUCGAAGAAGCAACGUGAAGUUGUGGCUAGAAUUUUGGUCCAAACGAUUUUCAAGAGGGGUGGACAGUUCUUGACGGUGGGUACCAGUGGUGACAUUAUGCCUCCUACGGCGCUUCCGUUGCCCAGGGCUGUUUGGAUCACUUAUCGAGCUCUCAAGUUCGGGGCCACGGUGAUUCUCAAUCCUCCUCAAGUCAAAACUGGACGGGGUAGCUGCGUCGAAGACUUGGAAUGUGCUCCACAACGCGACUUGUUUGGCACGGAGGUGGUGCGUCACAAUAAACAAUCCAGCGUGCAGCUGUUGAAAAAGGGGAUUCCUCCUGAGCUGUGAGGAACAUGGCUUUGAGAUAGAAACUAAUGACAAAAAGGAAAAAGGAUCGCACUGAACAGUAGUCCAGCCUAGCCCUAGCUAGCUGCCGCAGCAAAACUGCAAUAGUUGCUACGAGGA